AUGCAUAUAAGUUGUGGAGUGUCUGUGACUCCCCUUGCCUGGUUUUCCACGAUCAAAAUAUCAAUCGCUUUGGAGGUUGUCUGUAUCCUGCUCUAUACGGGCUACACAGUACCAAAUCAAAAUGAUCAAGGGAUUCCUUUCCACUGUAGCACGCUGCUGGUGUUGGCAAAGAUCGUCUUCGCCGACUUUUCCACCCACAGCCUCACCACCUGCGACGAUGGUAUCUUCUACUGGUUCGACCCGAAUACAGGCGAAAUCUGUGACCCACUCGACUGCGGAGGUGGUCGAGCUCCUCCCAAGACCAACGUCCUUGCAUGCGCCAGCUACCCAGGCACAUAUGUUACCACGAUUUCAUAUCUCUCCUGCUGGACGCCGCCUGCUUCUGCGACCUCAACUCCUGUCACCGUGACCUCUGCCGAGUCGACAACGGACACCGUCGCAACGGGCAAGAGCACCCCUACUUCCCCGACAACCACGAGUACAGCGACACAAGUCGCUACCGGAAGCAGCAUCAUGCCUUCAACCACCUUUCCUCCGAGUCAAUCGCCGAACUCCAAGACUCAUGGCAACGGCACGUCUAGCAUAAGCGGCACUGUCGCGCUGUCAAGCUCGACUAAUAAUAAGAGGCAUAUGCUGGAUGGCUCGCUGAUAGCUGUUGCUGGGGCGGCGAUUGGUGCGGUUGCUCUGAUUUAG